AUGAAUGAGAAUCUCCUUACACCGAAUCGUGUUCGUCAACUGCGAAUGGCUUCGGAUAUUUCGUUUCCGAUGUUUCUCUCCGCUGGCGGCGUCUUCUCCAAAAUCCACAAGAACACCAAAAAGAGAGUGGUCAUUUGCCUCUGGACAUUCAUCGAGCUCCGAUUCAAGUGCGAAUUUGACAGGAAAAGCAGUAUUCGGUGUAGACGAAUCAAUGGAACCGAACGUUUACUCUGGGAAGCCGGUAGGUCGUGGGCUGGAACACUUCGAGCGUCUGACGUUCGCAAGGGAAAGGUUUUCACGUUGGCGAAAUCGCUUUUCAAAGAUAUUUACAUGCUAAGAUCCGCGUCAUAUUGCAUGUCAGAAGCACUCGAAAUACAUGAAAAAUUUGUUUUUGAGCGUCAAGCUAUUGAAAAGUAUUUGCAUUCGAAAGGUGUUCCAAGCAUUGUCGCUAAACGAAUAUAUUCAAAAAACGUUGUGAGACUCACAUCAAGUGUGAAACCGUUUCAUCUGCGUGAUGUCGCCAGAAUGAUAUUCGCUCUGAAUGGAACCGACGAUAAUCAAAGCAUUGAAUAUUGGUUUCGCAUAAUUAAUGUUGAUGGCGAAGAAUACUUGAGCAAAGGUUAUCUUCGUUUAUUCUAUAAACGGAUUGUGGGAUUUCUUGCCAAAUAUAAAGUAGAAUGUCUUAGUUUCGAUAAUAUUUACACUCAGUAUUGUGAUAUGCUGAGAACGGAUAAGUGGACACUUCCAGUAUUGAAAGCAAAUCGGCAUCUUAGUUCUCGUGUUCUUCAUGGAUUUGUGAACGCCUUCUCAUUUUUCAACGAGGAAACUGAUGAAAGAAUGAACCAGAAGCGGCAGGACGAUGAACUGUUUGGAAUGGAACGCAGCGAUUGGGAACGAUAUUUGGAUCACCAAUACGAUAGUUUCUAUGAGGAUGCUUCAGCUGUUGGUGAAAUUGAAACGAUCAACCUGGGAUAA